ACACGGCCGUGCCACCCUGGCCGUGUGAGUUGGGAUUUUCUGCUUUUAAGCAGAUUUUCAGCCACAAUUCGGGGGGAUUCGAGUUUUUGAGAGAGAGAGCGAUUCCUAGAGAGAGAAAGCGACGAAGAAGAGUCUCCAAGUGUCCUAGCUUGAUCUUCAUCACCAUUGGAGGCUUGUUUGAGCUUCGAGAAGUGCCGAUCAACGUCCAGGAGCAGGAAUCCAUCCUUCACAGUAUGAAUUCCGCAUCUGAUUCUGCUUUGGAUUUCUUCUCCAUGGAGUAGUUCUCCCAUUCAUCUGGGUAUGGAGAACCCUAGAUUUGUAUGUUAGGCUUUGAUUGUAUGAACCCAAGUACUGAUUCUAUGAUUUGAUUAUAUUUGAUUGAGGUUUGAAUGAUUGAAUGACUUGAAUCCUGAUCAAAUUCCUGUUGUUUCUGCUUUAACCUAGAAUGAGAAUAUCUGCCUAGGUUGAUAGAGCAUCCUUGAUUGAAGGUAGGGAGUUGGUGACUUUAGUCGAGGAGCCAACUCACUAUUCUGUACCGGAUUUACUCCGGUAGUGGAGGUUUUGUUCUUAGGGCCUCAAUCUGUCUACUCCGGUGGAGGUUAGUCGCCCGCUAGAGAUUCAGAUUGAGAGGGUCUGAAGACCUUUAGUCGAGACUUCAGGCUGUUUAAGAACCUUCCGUAGUAUAACUAUCAUAGAAACUGAACUUGGUAAUUACAAUCCGGCUUAACUGCAGUCUAGGGGGAACCAUAUCCGGGUGACCUCUCGUAACUUGAAUACAACCGUUUACCUGCUUUGUUAGUUUGUUAGUUAGACUUGCAUUCCCGUUUCAUUGCUAGAUAACAAGAAUUCACUGAGUAGUCAUCAAAUCUAGGACCCGGGUUGACAUAUAAACCUAACCCGCUAUACUACGCUUUAGGAAGUGGUUUCACUUGGCCAAUUCCUAGGGUGACAGUAGAAGUGAGUCAGUAACCCGGCUUCCGGUUCAUCCCGCAUCGCCAGUUCUACUUACCAAAAAUGGCCCACUUGGAGCUCUCGAUUCCAAGGCGCGGCUCAACGAAGCAGCCACGCCGUCCUACCUAUUUAAAGUUUGAGAAUGGGUCGAGGGCGUUGCACCCCCGAUGCCCGUAAUCAUUGGCUUUACUCGAUAGAACUUGGUCUGAGCUCCAGCUAUCCUGAGGGAAACUUCGGAGGGAACCAGCUACUAGACGGUUUGAUUAGUCUUUCGCCUCUAUACCCAAGUCAGACGAACGAUUUGCACGUCAGUAUCCCUGUGGGCCUCCACCAGAGUUUCCUCUGGCUUCGCAGGCAUAGUUCACCAUCUUUCGGGUCCCUACAAGCAUGCUCGCACUCGAACCCUUCUUAGAAGAUCAAGGUCGGUCGGCGGUGCUACCCCGAGGGGUUCCCGCCAGUCAGCUUCCUUGCGCCUUACGGGUUUACUCGCCCGUUGACUCGCACACAUGUCAGACUCCUUGGUCCGUGUUUCAAGACGGGCCGAAUGGGGAGCCCGCAGGCCGACGCCAGUAGCGCGCAGGUGCCGAAGCACGCUGUGACGGCGCACGCUGCAUUCCACGAUCGCGGCGGCGGCAUCUCCACGAGCGUAUCAAAGGCCCGGGUUUGGGCCGCAGCCACAAUCGCGUCGGUCCGCACCCCGAGCCGAUCGGCGGACCGGCUUUCACCGUUCCGCAUCCGACCGAGGCGCAUCGCCGGCCCCCAUCCGCUUCCCUCCCGACAAUUUCAAGCACUCUUUGACUCUCUUUUCAAAGUCCUUUUCAUCUUUCCCUCGCGGUACUUGUUCGCUAUCGGUCUCUCGCCCGUAUUUAGCCUUGGACGGAAUUUACCGCCCGAUUUGGGCUGCAUUCCCAAACAACCCGACUCGCAGACAGCGCCUCGUGGUGCGACAGGGUCCGGGCACGACGGGGCUCUCACCCUCUCUGGCGCCCCUUUCCAGGGGACUUGGGCCCGGUCCGCCGCUGAGGACGCUUCUCCAGACUACAAUUCAAGUGCCUUGGGCGCUCGAUUCUCAAGCUGGUCAUUUCCCGGUUUGCUCGCCGUUACUAAGGGAAUCCUGGUAAGUUUCUUUUCCUCCGCUUAUUGAUAUGCUUAAACUCAGCGGGUGUUCCCGCCUGACCUGGGGUCGCAUUUGAAGGUCCAUUAGUCCCUCAGGGUCCAUUGUGGUGUCAUCGACCAAGGAACACACGCAUGCGAUGAGACUCUAGUAUAAUUUCAACCACAGCUCGCAACAGCAUCCUCAGCCGACGACUUCAUUUUUGGCCAACCGCAAGGCUAAAGUGAGACCCCGGGAGGCGAACAUCCGCUCCCAUCCCCGAGAGCACUCUGGCCGAGCUGGCCGAGAGCACUUGACAGCACUGGCCGAGAGCACUCUGGCCGAGCUGGCCGAGAAAACUCGGCAGCAGCUGGCCGAGAGCACUCUGGCCGAGCUGGCCGAGAGCACUCUGGCCGAGCUGGCCGAGAGCACUCGAUAGCACUGGCCGAGAGUACUCUGGCCGAGCUGGCCGAGAGCACUCGACAGUGCUGGCCGAGAGCACUCGACAGCGCUGGCCGAGAGCACUCUGGCCGAGCUGGCCGAGAGCACUCGACAGCACUGGCCGAGAGCACUCUGGCCGAGCUGGCCGAGAGCACUCGACAGCACUGGCCGAGAGCACUCUGGCCGAGCUGGCCGAGAGCAGUCGACAGCACUGGCCGAGAGCAGUCGACAGCACUGGCCGAGAGCACUCGACAGCACUAGCCGAGAGCACUCUGGCCGAGCUGACCGAGAGCACUCGACAGCGCUGGCCGAGAAAACUCGACAGCAGCUGGCCGAGUGCACUCGGCAGCGCUGGCCGAGAAGUGCACUCGGCAAAGCUGGCCGAGGACUCUCGACCGCCUGUGCGAGAUCUCUCGGCCACCUACAGAGGCUGGCCGAAAUUUCUCGCCUGGGGUGGCCGAGUGCACUCGGCAGGGCUGGCCGAGAGCACUUGGCUGCCUGGCCGAGAGCACUUGUCGGGGCUGAAAUAUCGAUUUUUUCGGUUUUUUCCCACGCUUAAUCCCACAUUUUUUCGCACUGCCGACAUUUCCUGACUCCCCUCGGCCCUCCAAUGACAAUCCUAGCACCCCCCCCCCCCACGUCAUUGGCCUCGGACGCCCAUGGGCCACAGGGGGGCAGACAGGCACCACCCCCCUAUAGUGCUCUUAAGGUUUUCUGCACACUGUCAAAGGUUGACAUGCCAAUGUCCGAGGAGUCACACCCCCAUAAAAUCUUCAAUUUAAGGAAUUUUGAUACCAAAUUUUGCAUGGACGUUAAGGACAGUAAUUCUAGGUCUCCCACCAAGUUUCACGAAUUUUUUAUGUGUAGAUUAUUUUCUACAAUUUUUUUAUUGUCGAAACUUUAAAAAUUCAUAAACCAUAAACCACAAC